AUGGACGAUAAAGAAAAUUCCUUAAUUGGUUAUGUUUCUGUUAAUUUAUCAGAUAUAAAUGAUUUGCAUCAAGUUGGUUAUAAAUUAAGAAAUUGUGAAAGUGGAGAGAUUCACUUAAAGUUUAAAAUAGAUUUUAUUAAUUUUGAUUUAAUAAAUGAAAAUAACAAUGAUAAUAACGAUUUUAUUGUUGAAGAAAAAGAAAAAAAUAAAGUUGAAGAAAAAAACAAAGAAAAAGGUUUAAAUAUUGGAAUUUAUAAUGAUAAAAAUUUAAUAAGUAAAAAUGAUAAUUUUAAAAAAGUGAUUUAUUUAGAAGUUAUGAAAAUUAAUUCUGUAGGAACUUAUUUUAUUAUUAUAGAAUCUUUAAGUGAUAAUUAUAAAUUAGAACCUUUUAAUACAAACUAUCAAUUUAAUAGUUCUAUUGUCUUACCAGUUAAUGAAAAUGAAGAUAAGUUAACUUUUAGGCUAUUUAAGAUAACUGAUAAUAAUGUUAAUUUAUUAGGUGAAGAUACUUUGAAUCUUAAGAGUGAUAGAUUAACUACUGAGAAUGAUAAUAACUAUUAUUUUAGUAUUGUAUUUGAUAGAGUUAGAGUUGAUUUUAAAAUGUUAUUUUCUGAGAUUUAUGAUACAAUUAAGGAAAGUAAAAAUUAUAAAUUUGUGAGUUUGCAAUUUGAUAAAAAGAAAUUGAGUAAGUUGACUUUAGAUGAAAAGAUGAAGAGUACACUAAGAUAUUUAGAGAAUCAAGUGUUUGUUAAGUCGGGAUCUGAUGAUAACAUUGUUAACCAAACCAAUUUAAAUAGUUCUAAAUUUUCAAAGUUAAUAGAUUGUGCUAAUGUAAAAGUGUUUAAUUGUGAUUUUAAAUCCAAUAUAAUACCUAUUAGUGGAAUUUUGCUUGUAUAUGUUAUGAGAUUAGAAGAUGUCAGUCCUGCAAGUAAAACUUUUUCAGUUGAAAUAUUAGUUAAUGGUGAGGAUCACUACAAUACCAAAUACAUUACAAAUAGUAAGUUAUUUGAUUAUAAUGAAGGAUUUGAAAUUAACAUUAAUAGAUACAUGGAUAAGAUAAGAUUUAAUGUUUAUGAACAUACUGGUAUAUUUGGAAAUAAAGAAUUUAAGUCUUUCAAAGAAAUUCCUCUGUUUAAUUUGAAAAAUGGACAUAAAAAUUUUUAUCUUGAUUUAUUAGACUCUGUUACUGGAAAAAUAUCAAAGAUGAAAUUAAAAGUAUUGCUUUCAUUUCGAUCUAAAUCUUCUCAAAAUAAAUAA